GGGUUUCGAUUAUUAUAUUAUUCCCAAUUUUAUGUGAAAUUACCAAAUUACCCCUAACCUUAAUUUUCAAAAUAAAGAAACCCUAACCCAGUAACCCGUUACCCGACCCGGUUCUCUUUCAACCCCACUCAGCCCCCCCAAACCCAGCUGCAACACAUAGCAGCAAUAGCUGCCAAGAAAGAAAGAGAGUUCUGAGAGGGAGUAGAGGAGAACAGAAGAAGGAAGGUAGGGGAGGCCUCGCCGCCGUCGAUCUGCCGCCCUGGAGCUCGCCGUCGAGCUGCUUUGCGGCGCCAUCCAUGGAGCCACGAGCUCGCGCCUCGCCAUUGACCCACACCUCGUCGCUGCCGCCGCCAUUGUUGGCAAGGGAUGGAGGAGAUCCGAGAGGGAAGGAGAGCGCCGGUGAAGGGAGGAGCCCGCACCAUCGAGAGCCGCGAGGAGAGGAAGGUGUCACCGUUCCGUGUGGCCGCGCCAACGUUGCCGUCAGGGUUUUCUUCGCCGCCGUCCUUGCUCGUCGUUCCCCUUGAAGUCGUUGCCGUUGAUCCUUGCCCCUGUCGCCGCCGCGAGUUGCUAACAGGGAUCGGAGCUGAGGGAGAGGGUCGUGUAAGGAGGGGGAGUUGUUGCUGCCGGAGACGCAAGCUGGAGGAGCUACCUUCAGCCGCCGCCGUUGCGCCAGUCGCCGCCGUGUGCCGUCAUUGCUGGGUGUGCCACCGCCGCCACCUCUGGUCUGUCACCGUUGAACAGAUCCGCGAAGAGAGAGAGAGAACCUGGGAAGAGGCCGCUGCCGGAGGAGAAACCAAUCUCGCCGCCGUGCCUGGCCGCCAAAAAACCUCGUCGCCGCCGCCGGAAAAUUCUGCCGUUACCGUUGCCAGAGAUCUGGUCGCCGCCGCCACUCGAGGUGGUUGCUGGGGCUGCCGGCAAACCGGCUCAGCUAUCGCCGCUGUUUCGUUUUCUUAGUUUGGUUGGGUCCUGAUGAUUGCGUGUCGCAUAAGUGUUGCUGUGACUGCUGUGCCGUUCCUUUUAUUUCUGAAUUAGUAUCCGAGCUUAUAUACGUGGCGUUGAGGCUGUUUCUGCUAUUGAGAAAAAUAAGCAGAGCUGGGAUGUUGGUUGUUGGUUUCGGGCCGAGACGAAAGGCUUUCCUGUGACGCGUUUGGUUUAUGUAUUCGACGAGCCAAGAGUUGGUUGCUGAUCUAGCUGUUUGGGCCGGGGGCCGUGUUGGAUUGGAUGGGCUUGAGGCUGUGAUUGGUAUAUUGAGUCCUAGUUCUCUAUAAAGUAUCUGAUCGGUUCAGCAUAGACUUAAUGAACAUAUGCUUGGAACGGGAUGAUCAUUUAUACCGCGUAGGUAACUGCUUUCAUGGUUGUGGUCUAGGAAAAACUUUUCAGACAUUUUCUUUAAGGAAAAAGGUUUUGUUUUAGAAUAUUUGAGAAAUUUAGCAAGUCUUCAAAAAGGAAUUUUCUGGAUUUCGAAUGUGAACCUAUGGUUUUUGGAAAGACUCAUAAGACGAGCAAUGAUCACUGAACUCUAAGAAUGAUCUUAUCUUUACGUAUCUUGUUAUAGCAAAUUCUGUAAUCCUAUAGUGAGAACAAGCGAGGACGACGUUCUCACUCCCCUACAGGUUAUUCCUUUUCAGGAUAUGGAAGACGAAGCUUCAGGAGAGUUAUGUUUAUUUUUUUUUGUUUAUUCGGUCUUUUUGUAUCACCGUAGCUAUUAUUUCUUUCCUCACCUUUAUCUUUAUGAAGUUUGUAAGAGGGAUAGGAAAUUAUGAUAUGUAUAAUAGUAAACUAGUGUUAUGUAUAUGUAUGUAUAUAUCUUAAGGUUGUA